AUGGGGGACACAAUACCCCCCAUAGGACGAGGCUCUGGGCGCAAAGACAAGAACCGGCGCUCCUCCCGCAUUACCGAUGCCACCUGGGACCAAUACAAGCCUCUGUUGUGCAAGCUGUACAAGUCGUACACGCUCAUGGUGGUCAUGUCAUUUAUGAAGCAGCGCUUCGGCUUUGCUCCCAGCAAGCGACAGUACGGCUACCGAUUCGAGAAAUGGGGCGUCAGGAAGUACCUUGGGCCCGAUAAACCGGGUCCCACGCGGAACGUUGCCGGCGUCGAUGAAUUACCCAACGAACAAAUUGUCGACGAGUUCUUUGGAGACAUGUCUCCGGAUCUCAACAGCCCCGAAUACGGAUCGGGCUUGUUCCUGGACGUCCCCGGCCGUGGCAACAAUAAAGGUGCCAUCGCUCAUCACGCCCCAAGCAAUGCAUCUGCAACCUCUGCAACCUCUGAGGCCAGUGCGAGCUACUUGGAUGAGGAUACCGACUUUGAAGACUCCCCGUCGUCGCCUGAGAAAACCACGUCUCCCAUAAGCUACCCAUGGGGAGCUGACGACGAUGCAAAGAAGCUCGUUGCCGACUUUUGCUCUGCAAUGUCCGAUGACCAGAAUGCCUUCGACAUCUACCUCAAUCUCUUCGAUGCCCUCUCAAAGUCUCCCGCAUCACUGAUAGCAGCCAAGAGCAUGAUCAUCACAUCCUUGACCCGCGUCGCACAACAACCCAAGAAUGCAAAACAGGCUCGGGAUCGACUCUCACGUUUUCGGGAUCACGCCAAGACCCAUGGGUCUGAUCGACCCUUUCUGUUCUCGAUGCUCGAUGCAUGCAUGGAGGAGCAGGAAGAGGUCACAGACGAGUCGCCAAUCCACCUUCGCGUCUGCGAGAUCAUCCGGAAGGUCCUCGGCGACAACACUACGCUCGGGGAUAUCCCCCACAGUUAUGCGGCCAUUGACCUCGUGACGUAUCACUUCCUCUCUUCGGGUCUGGAAGUGUACGAGAAGGCCAUUACCGCCGACGAUGGAAAACCAGCGACCUUGUCGUCGGAAGACCUACUCUAUCAAUACGUUUAUAAGCAGCCAUUGGCGGAAACUAUCCGCUACGGUGACACCUCCCCUUUGCGCGGCUGCAUUACUUGGUGUGCGAGACAAUUGACGCUCGCCCACAAAAUUCCACACGAGAUAGCUUCUAUCCCGUGCGACGACUCGCAGCGUCAGUGGUGCGACAACGUCCAGCUCUACUGCACCCUUUGGCACACUAUGCUGCUCAAUGUUCAGAACGGCAUGCCGCCUCCUUGGUACGGUCCCUGCGAGUCAGCUCUUGGAAUAUCUCCUUCCGAGCUUCUCGUUACAGUGUGUUGGAUGAUUGGCGCCGAUGUCGGUAGACCCGGUUCUAGCAACGACAUCCUCAAACGGGCAACUUCCGUAGUCGAGGCCAUGAGUCAGUUGCAGGAGGGCGAUCUGUGGAUUAAGUUCCUCAAGUUAUUCACGUGGAUGAAUAAACUUGUCGACCCGGGCGAAGAUGACAAGAAAUUCGAGGCCACCAUCCUCCAACACACCCGCCGCUAUAUAUCUGCCACUCUCAACGUGGAACUACCCUUCCCGCACGAGCCUGUGGUGGAUAUACCAGACUUUCAUUACCUCGAUGGGCUAGAUCCCUUCUCAACUGGCGACAGCAACAAUCCCAUGGCUCUCGGAGUCUUCGGCGACCUAGGUGGUAUGGAGAUGUAG